UGCAUGCAUACCAUUUGCUAGAGCCUUCUCUAACAUCAUCCAUGGAAUUCCAGUCCCUCUCUACUCCCCUCUUCCUUACUUUCCUCCUCUUGUUCAUGAUGAAGAAGAAAGGGUGGUGGCCCACCACCCAAGACCCAAUUCCCAAACUGCCUCCUGGCCCAUCCAAACUACCCAUCAUAGGAAACAUCCACCACAUCCUAGGACCACUACCACACCGCACCCUAAGGGACUUAGCCCACAAACAUGGUCCCAUCAUGCACCUAAGGUUGGGCCAUGUUUCUACCAUUGUAGUCACCUCUCCAAAACUGGCCAAAGAGGUGAUGAAGACACAUGAUCUCAGCUUCGCAACACGGCCCCGGCUUCUCGGGGCUGAAAUCAUGACCUAUGGGUGCAUGGAUGUGGCCUUUGCACCCUACAGCGAUUACUGGAGAUACCUGAGGAAGAUUUGCACACUCGAGCUCUUAAGUGCAAAGCGCGUCGAGUCAUUCCGGUCUGUUAGAGAAGAAGAAGCAUCAAAUCUCAUCCGUUCCAUCCAAGCCUCAGCCAAUCAGCCGAUCAAUCUCACUGAGAAGAUUUUCACAUUCACCAACAAUGUUAUCAGUAGGGCAACCAUUGGUAAGAGAUGCAAGGACAGAGAACAGUACGUAUCAGUAAUGAAGGAAUCUAUCAAAAUGAUUGGAGGUUUCUCCGUGUCUGAUCUCUUCCCUUCAUGGAAAUUUCUUCCGGUGAUUACUGGAAUGAAGUUCCGGGUAGAGAGGAUACAUCGCGAGUUUGAUAGGAUCCUUGCUGACAUCAUCGAAGAACGCAAAAGAGAAAGCAUGGUUGUGGCAGACGAGAAAGAGGGUGCAUCAGACAGUGAGGAUUUGCUCGACGUUCUUUUGAAACUUCAGCAAGAUGGGGAUUUUGAAUUUCCAAUCACAACCAACAACGUGAAAGCCAUCCUCUUGGACAUGUUCGGAGCAGGAACCGACACCUCAUCUACCGCCAUAGAGUGGGCCAUGUCAGAGAUGAUGAGAAACCCCAGAGUGAUGGAGAAGGCCCAGACCGAGGUGAGACAGGCACUCAAAGGCAAGACGAAGAUGGAUGACGGAGACACAAAUGAAUUACACUACUUGAAGUUGGUUAUCAAGGAAACACUAAGGCUGCACCCUCCUGCGCCCUUGUUACUCCCUAGAGAAUGCACGGAGACGUGUGAAAUCGAUGGAUACGAUAUACCCAUCAAGGCAAGGGUCAUCAUCAAUGCAUGGGCCAUUGGGAGGGACCCACAACAUUGGGAGGAUCCUGAGAGCUUCAAGCCUGAGAGAUUUGAUGGUAGUCCAUGUGAUUACAAGGGGACCCACUUUGAGUAUCUCCCUUUUGGGGCUGGUAGGAGGGUAUGCCCAGGUAUGAUAUCUGGAAUAGCCAAUGUGGUACUGCCCAUUGCUCAACUUCUCUACUACUUUGAUUGGAAGCUCCCCGGUAAAAUAAAGCCCGAGGAUCUAGACAUGACUGAAUCCUUUGGGGCCACAGUAAGUAGAAGAUCUGAACUGUACUUAAUUCCCCUCCCUCGCAAUAUUCCUUUGCCCAGAGAGUGAGAGGGUGUUUGGAUGCAUCAAAAUAGCAAAUUCAUGAACUUUGAAAUUCAGUAAUUAAUGUCUUCAUGAAGUUGUAAGGUAAUGAUUUAGCAAAUUUGUUGUUUGGUUUUCCUCG